CCGCCGUUUCUCAAAAUCACUGCCUUUGCCUCUACCUCUACUCAUGAUGACUUUGAGCUCGGUUUCACUCAAGAGAAUCUCAAGAAUUUUGCUCAUGAUCUUAGUAUUGGGUUCGAGCUUGAAGUUCUUAAUAUGGAGUCUUUGAAUUCUGGCUCCUGGCCUUUGCCUCUUAAUGUUUCGGAGAAUGAGGCGAUUGCAGUGAAUCUCCCCGUUGGUUCGUUCUUUAAUUACUCGCUUCCGUUGCCAAUGGUUCUUCGUUUUGUCAAGCAUCUUUGCCCGAAAAUUGUUGUUUCUGUCGACCGGGGGUGCAAUCGAAUGGAUGCACCAUUCCCCUUCCGUGUGAUCAAUGGGCUUCAGUCUUACUCGGGUUUGCUUGAAUCUAUGGAUGCUGUUAGUGUGAAUCUCGACACCCAACUGAAGAUUGAGAGGUACUUGCUGCAACCCGGGAUCGAGAAGCUCGUCAUGAGUCGUCAUGGUUCGAACGAGAGGUUGCCUCCAUGGAGAUCUCUGUUUUUAUCAUCCGGGUUCUCCCCAUUGACAUUCAGUAACUUCACCGAGUCGCAGGCCGACUGUCUGCUGCACCGGACGCCUGUUCAAGGAUUCCACAUUGAGAAGAGACACUCCACGCUCGUUCUAUGCUGGCAACGGAAAGAGCUCGUCUCGAUCUCGGCCUGGAGGUGUUGAGAGAGGGAUUAGCUAGCUCCCAUCGUCGUGUCGUCAUCGUCGUGCUCGCUCGCCCCGAUCAAUUUCCCAUUCCAAAGGUACCUGAUCAUUCUUCUGGCUUUUAGUUGUCUGAUUGAUGAUCAUCAAAUCAAAAUUGUGGUCUUUUUUUUUUCAUUUACUUGUGCUUCUUCAACUAUGCUAAUUGUCUAUGUGCCAUAGGCCAAAAAACUGAUCUUUUUUAAGCAAAACUUCAAUGGCUUUUUCUGUACAGUUUCUCCA